AUGAUCCCAGUGGCCGAAUUCAAGCAGUUCACGGAGCAGCAGCCCGCCUUCAAGGUGCUCAAACCCUGGUGGGACGUGCUCGCGGAGUACCUCACCAUAGCGAUGCUCAUGAUCGGGGUCUUCGGCUGCACCCUUCAGGUGACACAGGACAAGAUCAUCUGUCUGCCCAGUCACGAACCCCGAGAGAACUCGUCGUCGUCGUCGGACGCCCCCUGCCGGCAGCUGCUGCCCAGGGGGGUGUCUGAGCAGAUGGGUGACCUGCGGCAGCUGAACGGCCUGAAAAACAACCUGGACUUACAGCAGUAUAGCUUCAUCAACCAGCUGUGCUAUGAGACUGCCCUGCACUGGUACGCCAAAUACUUCCCCUACCUGGUGGUCAUCCACACCCUCAUCUUCAUGGUCUGCACCAGCUUCUGGUUCAAGUUCCCCGGCACCAGUUCCAAGAUCGAACACUUCAUCUCCAUCCUGGGCAAGUGCUUCGACUCGCCCUGGACCACGCGGGCCCUGUCCGAGGUCUCCAGGGAGAACCAAAAGGGCCUCGCUCCUGGUCAGGUGGUGGCCGUAGCAGCGGCCGCAGGGACAGGGACCGGGAAAGCAUGUGAGGGCGAGAAAGAAAAGGUGCUGGCAGAGCCUGAGAAGGUGGUGACAGAGCCACCGGCCGUCACUCUUCUGGACAAGAAAGAGGGCGAGCAGGCCAAGGCCCUGUUUGAGAAGGUUAAGAAGUUCCGGGUACAUGUGGAAGAAGGCGACAUCCUAUAUGGUAUGUACAUCCGGCAGACGGUGCUCAAAGUGUGCAAGUUCGUCGCCAUCCUGGUCUACAACCUCAUCUACGUGGAGAAGAUCAGCUUCCUGGUAGCCUGUAGGGUGGAGACCUCAGAGGUCACGGGCUAUGCUAGCUUCUGCUGCAACCAUACCAAGGCGCACCUCUUCUCCAAGCUCGCCUUCUGUUACAUCUCCUUCAUGUGCGUCUACGGCCUCACCUGCCUCUACACACUUUACUGGCUCUUCCACCGGCCUCUCAAGGAAUACUCCUUCCGGUCGGUGCGGGAGGAGACUGGCAUGGUGGACAUCCCCGACGUCAAGAACGACUUCGCUUUCAUGCUGCACCUCAUUGACCAGUACGAUUCACUCUACUCCAAGCGCUUCGCUGUCUUCCUGUCCGAGGUCAGCGAGAGCCGGCUCAAGCAGCUCAACCUCAACCAUGAAUGGACGCCUGAGAAACUGCGGCAGAAACUGCAGCGGAACGCCCGCGGCUGCCUCGAGCUGGGCCUGUGUAUGCUGCCGGGGCUUCCGGACACCGUCUUCGAACUCAGCGAGGUGGAGGCGCUCCGACUGGAGGCCAUCUGUGACGUCACCUUCCCACCCGGCCUUUCCCAGCUGGUGCACUUGCAGGAGCUCAGCUUGCUGCACUCACCGGCCAGGAUGCCCUUCUCUUCUCAGGUCUUCCUUCGGGAUCGGCUCAAGGUGAUGCGCGUCAAGUUUGAGGAGCUGCGGGAGGUACCGCUCUGGGUGUUCAGUCUGCGAGGCCUAGAGGAGCUGCACCUAGAGGGGCUCUUCCCACCUGAGCUGGCCCGGACGGCCACCCUGGAGAGCCUGCGAGAGCUGAAGCAGCUCAAGGUACUGUCCCUGCGGAGCAAUGCUGGGAAGGUGCCGGCCAGCGUGACUGAUGUGGCCGGGCACCUGCAGAGGCUCAGCCUACACAAUGACGGCGCCCGGCUGCUGGCCCUCAACAGCCUCAAGAAGCUGGUGGUGCUUAGAGAGCUAGAGCUGGUGGCCUGUGGCCUGGAGCGCAUUCCACACGCUGUCUUCAGCCUGGGGGCACUGCAGGAACUGGACCUCAGGGACAAUCACCUGCGUUCCAUCGAGGAGAUUCUCAGCUUGCAGCACUGCCGCAAGCUGGUGGUACUCAGGCUGUGGCACAACCAGAUUGCCUAUGUCCCUGAGCACGUGCGAAAGCUCCGGGGCCUAGAGCAGCUCUUCCUCAGCCACAACAAGCUGGAGACCCUGCCCACCCAGCUGGGCAUGUGCACCAGCCUCCGUCUGCUGGACGUCUCCCACAAUGGACUGCACACCCUGCCGUCUGAGCUGGGCCUCCUUCAGAACCUGCAGCACCUGGCUCUCUCCUACAAUGCCCUGGAGACCCUGCCCGACGAGCUGUUCUCCUGCCGCAAGCUGAAGACGCUGCUCUUGGACUAUAACCACUUGAGGCAGCUCUCGUCCCAUGUGGGGGCCCUCAGGGCCCUCAGCCGCCUGGAGCUCAAAGGCAACCGGCUGGAGGGGCUGCCGGAGGAACUGGGCAACUGUGGGGGCCUCAAGAAGACUGGGCUCCAGGUAGAGGACACACUGUAUGAGGGUCUCCCGGCCGAAGUGCGGGACAAGAUGGAGGAGGAGUGA